AUGGAGCACUUUAAAAAUUUUGCCGUUCACCACAGCAGUUCAGAGGGUUUGAAGGGGAGCGCAGGGGUUGUGUGCAGAGUUCAGUACGCCCCUUCAGAGCCCACCAGCACCUUACGAGUAUCUUCAAAUAUUUCUCCUAGAACAGACUUUACGAAGGCUGGUCCUGUAGGACGCAAUGAAGAAGAGGAUGCUAUGGAUGGCGCUGCUGAGGUGAAGACAGACAACAUGUCAUCGCUGAAAAAGCUGGUCCGUAGCAGGAGGAAUGUUGCCUACUCCAGGAGUCUGCCUGAUUUUUGGGGCUGGUAUAAAUACUUCAUGCAGACCAACAACCAGGAGGGAAUUGAGGACAUGGAUCGCAUGUACCUUGUUUACCUGCAGAACAAGCACAGAGUAGAAGAGGGACGCUCCUACAACCAUUACCUCACUCACCUGAGCGAAAUUUACAAAGCCUGUGCUAACUCCGAUGACCCAGACUGCAUUGCAGAAUCCACCAGCAAACCCAAAGCCAAGAUGGUCAUGCCUGUUCCCGUGAGGCAAGCUACUGUGACAGUGUGCAACCCUUACCUCGACCCCUACUGCCUCUAUGCUGUUAGACCAAAAGCUGCAGAAGAAGAAGAGCCUUCUCUCGCCCCAGAAAAGGUUCCUGCUCCAAUUCUGUCCCCUCUACUUCCUCUGUCUCUUAAAACCCCGCCAGCUUACUAUUACGCUCCAGUCUUAGAGCCUUUCUUGCCAGCUGAGCAGAGGGCGGAACUGUUGCGUAUCUGCAAUCCUUCAGACACCGAGUGUUUGCAGUACCACCUGCGCGCUGCUUAUGGCUACAGGUCCCCGCUUGGACCUCUGCCCUCCUACGCUCACCUUGGAUGUGAUCCUACCAAAGAUCCUUACUGUCAGCCCAAGCUGGUGGCCAGAUCACCUACAGGUUUGUAUCACCUGCACCCCACUUGUAACCCCGCCACUGACCCCCUUUGCGUCGUGAAUGUAGUUGCACCUGCAGCCCGGACCAGUAGCAACGCGGAAGACCCCAAAGAGAAUCUCCCUGAAAAUGUGGCCCCUGAGUACGCAGUUCCAAGAUUCGAGGACUUCCUGAGAGGCUAUAUGGGUGGCUACAAGAAAUGAGAAGAAAAAACUGGAUGAGAACUUACAAAUUCAAUCAUGUUUAUACAGAUUUAGCACCAGUUUAGGUCAGUGCAAAAGAAACAAGUUAUGUAUCAUCCAGGAAUAGUUUUUGCAUUGAUGUUUUAGUAACUCUAGAGAUGUCUCAGGUCAUAAUUCUGUCUGAAAUGCCAUGUUGGGAAACAAAUCCAUAUAUUUGGGGGUUUUGUUAGUGGUAAUGUGAAGCAAUAUAUAUUUAUGUAUUAUAUAAU